AUUUUCAGCAAAUCAAAAGAAAAGGGAAAAGGGAAAAAGAGAGUAGGAAGAAGAAGAAGGAAAAAGCAAUAUAUACAUUUAAAAAAAAAAAACCAUCUUCUCUCUCUCUCUUUCUCCAUUUACCUUUUUCAUAUGUUUCCUUGAGAAUCAAGAUGUGGAAGCUUUUGUUGAAAAUUUCACACUUAAAGUUGUUUAUUUGGGGUCCUUUUUGAUGCAUGCAAUCCAUUCAAGAAGUGGAAGAAAAAGGUUGGACGUUGAUGGAGGUUCAACGCUUAAGCCAACUGCUUUUACUUUGUUUAAGGUUUCAAUCUCCCCGUCUCGCUCUCGUGGGUGGGAAUCACACCGCCGCUCGAUUUUGCACUCGAUAAACUACUUGCCCUCUUUCUUAAUGCUUUUCUCGUCCCUCUCGUCUCUCUUUACGUUGUUAAACCCUAAUUUUCUGCUGUUAUUCAUAUAUUUUCCUUUUUUCUUUUUCUUUUCUUUUUUUCAAUUUACUACCCUUUUGAAUUGAACCCCUUUUGAGAUCAAUAUAUAGUGAUUUAAAUUCUUUAUUUUUUAUUAUAACACUUCUUUUCUUUUCUUUUUUUCUAAUCAAGAAUGUCCUCAAUGGAGGCCCUUAUGUUUCGUUAUGGUGGUGGUGUCAUUAACUUUUCCGUUAAUUCUUGGUUUUUAAAACUUUUAGCUCGUUUAAUGGCGAUUUUGGUUUUCGCCACCAUUGUUUUACUUACUUGGUCGGGAACUGGAUCUACCUCCAUUGGUACUUCAAACAAACCUGAAUAUUUCACUUCGGAUCCCCAACCCAUCAACCCCGAGCUUUUGCCAUUUCUGUUUCAUGAUUUAAACAGGGAAGGCAUAUUGAAGCAAGGCGACAAAGGAUUAAUGUUGAGCAAUGAUGAUGAACAAGCCAUUAAAUCUUCUCUGUUCUCGAGAAAAUCUGAUAUGGAAUUCAGUUCCGCCACAGAUUUGGAACGUCAAAGAUUUUUCCCUAACGAAUCUUUGGACUUCAUUUGCACUCAAAACUUCACGUCAGCCUUUGAGUUCAUUGAUCGAACACUUAAAGUCGGUGGGUUCGUCGCCGUUCAGAUAAGUGAACGACCUUCGUAUUCGUUUGAGAAGUUGAACAAUUACAGGAUUGUUUACUUCAGGAAAUUCAAAUCCAAUGUUUUAGUAAUGAAAAAAAUUGCUAGAACAAGCUCUAACGGCAUUCAAAGGCAAUUAUUUGGGUUCACAUCCGAGGCAAGGAGACAAGCAUUGAAGAACCUCGAAGAUGUUCUUCUCGAACCACCAAGAUCGACUUCGAGGAGGUCGAAAAGAUUCAUGAAACGAACCAAAUACUUGCCUGAUUUGCUCGGCGACACACUCGAAAGCUACCCUCGGAGGGUUUUCAUCGACGUGGGAUUACCGGAGACAGAAGGUGGCAGUGGGACCAACUGGUUUGCGAAGAAUUACCCGACGAGGAACCUCAAGUUUGAUAUAUACAAGAUUGAGACGCUGACGAAGGAGUCAUCGAGGAAAGAUUCUGUGGCGACCGCGGCAGAGACAGGGAUGUCGAACUGGCUGAGGAAGAACGUGAAGGAGACGGAGUAUGUGGUGAUGAAAGCGGAGGCUGAGGUGGUGGAAGAUAUGGUGAAAACGAAAGCAAUUAGGUUGGUUGAUGAAUUGUUCUUGGAAUGUAAACCUCGGAAACAUGGGGGAAGGAAGAAUAUGAGUAGAAGGGCUUACUGGGAAUGCUUGGCUUUGUAUGGGAAGCUGAGGGAUGAAGGUGUUGCAGUGCAUCAAUGGUGGGGCUGAGUUGACUCACAGGGAUUUACUAUUGAUUAAAGCAGGGAGAAACGUGUAAAGGUACGAGUUGGGGGAGAGAGGGGUA